GUGAAUGCUCGCGCUGCGUGCACCCUCCCCGCGUUCAGCGGCCACGGUCACGGCACUGGAAGUCGUCCCUCAUGUUGCCUAACUUGUUCAGCCUCUGAACAGAGCGAGUCUGGGAUGGCGGCGACGCAGGACCUUUCGGAGAUGCUUGUGCAGUCGGAGCUGCUGUCCGUACAGCUGGGCCGGGCCAUCCACGCUGGCGAUGUGGUGGCGGCCCAACAGCUUGCGGCCCGCCUGGCCGAAUGCCGCUCCUCCUUGCACGUGCAACUCAAGACGUCAGGACAAUCGAGCAGCAGCUUCAGGAUAAAGGUGCAGGUGGAGGACACCGCAAGCUCAGUAGGGCCCAUCUACGUGAAGGUUUCUUCCAACAUGACUGUGGACACACUCAAGCAGCAAAUUUUCCGUCACUACGACAUCCACCCAAAGGUGCAGCGCUGGGUAAUCAAACAGCGCCUGGCGGAGGACUCUCAAUCCCUGCAAAGUUACGGGUUGCAGCGUGAAGGUGACGAGGCCUUCCUCUACCUGGUCUCGGCCCAGCAGGCCAACCUAAACGUGGAAGAGUACAAGCGCGCUCAGAUAGAUCUUUUACAGAUCACAGGUGGGCUUGGGGAGGGUGCACCGAUUGUCAAGAUGGAGCCAAUGAACCCAGUUUCUGCGCCAAACUGGCUUGCGGCCGAGCUAAUCCACGCUGAUGCACCCCUCUUCCUACCUGCUGCUGCUGCUGCUGUCACCACCCCGAGACGGCCUGCCUCACCACCUCCGGUGGGCUGGCCGUGCCCGGUGUGCACGUUUGUGAACCUCCCGUUGCGGCCGGGCUGCGAUCAGUGCGGCACGGCGCGGCCUGCGGAUUACCAAGUGCCGGCGGGGUACCAGCCCACGGACCGCGAGCGCCGCAUCACCGAUCAGGAGAUCGACAACCGGCGGAAGCUUGAGGAGACUCGCGUGAAGAAGCGGCGGGAGAACUUCCAGCGCUUGAUGCAGGAGGACGAGCAGGAGCUGGUGCCUAACAAGGAGGCGUUCACGUGCCCCAUCUGCUUCGUGGACUAUGAGCCCGACGAGGGGGUCACGCUGCGCGAGUGCCUGCACAACUUCUGCAAGGACUGCUUGCGCGGCACCAUCGUGAACUGCGAGGAUGCAGAGGUCACGUGCCCCAACCAGGACGGUGAAAUCAGCUGCGAGUUUAAGCUGCACCAGCGAGAGAUCAAGGCCCUGGUGACGGAGGUGGAAUAUUGCCGCUUCUUGGGGAAGGGCCUGGCCAUCGCCGAGAACCGCAGCGCUGACAGCUACCACUGCGUGACGGCCGACUGCCACGGCUGGUGUAUCUACGAGGACAUGGUGAACGAUUUCCUGUGUCCCGUCUGCAAUAAGUCCAACUGCCUCACCUGCAAGGCCAUCCAUGAGGGAAUGAACUGUCAGGAGUAUCAAGAUGAUCUGAAGCUGAGGUCAGACAACGACCAGGCAGCGAUGCAGACCAAUCUCAUGCUGCAGACGAUGGUGCAGCAGGGCGAAGCCAUGCACUGCCCGACGUGCAAGGUGAUCGUGCAGAAGAAGGACGGCUGUGACUGGAUUUGCUGCAGCAUAUGCAAGACCGAGAUCUGCUGGGUGACCAAGGGGGCUCGGUGGGGACCCAAGGGCACAGGGGACACGAGUGGAGGCUGUCAGUGUCGCAUCAACGACAGGAUGUGCCACCCUGAUUGUAUGAACUGCCACUGAGAUGGAGGUCAUCACUUGCAACAGAAAUUCGCGGUGACUUUGUGUGACUCCCCGACGUGUUUUCGGGACUCCUCCACCUGUGGUUUUGCAUUAUGUUCGAUGUUUCGCCGCUCGCGAUGAGUGCUUCUUAGUGAACUUAACUACAGUUCUGAAGUUCGUGAAGAAACUCUCAGCACCUGGAGCGAAACGUCGGACAUCGUGCCGAACAACACGCCGUACGACCCGAAAACACGUGGGAGAACCACACAAACAGACCAUUGAAAAGCUUUGAGGUAGGAAUUAUUGUUUGUCCUCAUGAUGCUGCUGCAACUAAAAGUCACACUUUUGAACAAAAAUUUAAACCAUCUGACUUUAAAUCACAUUCUAAUUAAAAGUUUUCAUCUACGAUGGGCUCAGGGAUUUUGAUAUAAUUUCCGUAGAUGUUUUCUCAUUAAAUAAUUCUUCUUCUCACCAAUUGGGUGCGAAGAGACACGUGACAUGUUAUUUACUUGCCUGGCAACCAUCUGUUUAAAUGGAAAUCUGUGCGAGUAAAACUUCUUUAUUAUGGAUUUAGAACCACCUCAUGCUUGCAAUUUACAGGUUGUUUUUCAACUUGACAUGAUGGUGUCAAGAGGUGCAAUUCUCAUUAAAAUAAUUGUACGUUUAAUGGCGAGAUUCUUUUUCACGUUAGCAUUUGUGUUAUGUAUAAAUGUGAAUCCUAUUCGGCAGGCCACUAGUCACCUUAAAUCACAGGUUGCGUACACGUUGUGCAUUCAUUUUUUUUUGCUCGGAGCAAAAGCUUUAAACUUUGUAUUUGUGGAAAUCAAUACCCGUGUCAAGUUACAGGAUGUAUUAUUGCUUUAGGAGGGGUCAUCCUUUAUCCUUUAUUCGUGACCAGGAUUCUUUGCCUUGCUUGGUUCUUUACAAAAUCACUACAAACCUAAUGUACAGACUACGUCGAUCUCUGCAGCGCACAAUACAGCACGCCCAUUAUCUCGGACAUGUGUUUUUUUUUGCGGGCUUGCACCGCGUCUCGUGCAGCACAUGAUGUCCCCUGCGUUACCUUUCCACGUGCCGCAGUUCCCGUAGUAGCUCCCGCAGCACAUGGAACGAAAUGUCAGACAUCGUAAGCAAAGGGGGGAUUGGAAGUUUGUGGAAUUUUACUCGCGAGGAGUUUAAUUGGUUUCAUCACCUCCAGUCCCCGAUUUCGUUCAGUUCCUGAAGAUGCUCCUGCCAACAGGACGCUGUACAGCCUGAAAGUAAACCGGAGCUGAGUGUACUGUCACCGCACGCGUGGCCACUCGGCCAGCACUAGAAAUGCAUACGUUUAGCAAUAUUUUUUAUAAUGUAGAAAUGAGUGAAUGUGUAUGUAAAUAUAUAUAUACCAUUUUUCAAUGUACCUAACAUGCAUGCACGUGCCGUGGUUAUUCCAAAUCUCUUUGUGGCCAAACAAGUUGUGAUAAAAAAAGGCCUUUACCCUUUUGGCAUUCUUACAGGUGUUAAGAUAAAGCCAUAAAAGUGUCUGUCUCUGGUGUAUGCCAAUCCGUGUCAAGGACAAUGCAUAUACAUCAACGCAUUUUUUGCUUGCAUUUUUUACCCCAAGUAUGUGCGGUUAAUGGAGACGUGCCUCGUAAUAGUUGUCUAAUUGGCGUUUUAACAUACAAACACGUUGCGUUUACGCCUUUAUAUUGAGUUGUUUCUAGACUUAAGCAUAUAGCAGCAGAACUGUGUUCUGUCUCCACAUUUAUAAAACAAUGUUUUAGUCCAUUGGUCUAUUGGCUUUCUAGACGAAUAUUAUCCUGUCCAAUAUAAUUUAAGCAAGCAAACUCUGGGCCGCUCCCAACCUUCUGGCUCUCAUUAAAGAGUCCGGCUUGUUUAGACAAAUGCUGCUGGAUUACCAGAUGCAAUUGGUAAGAGCGCUCUCAUUUCAACCAUGGGGCCCUAUCUAUGUAAAUCGAAAUGUUGUAUUAAAACUCAUUAGAUGAUAGAUGUUUUUUCUUCUAAACAGCAAAGCACUCCAGAUCCACACCUCGGACAGACAGCCAGCCAGCUCAUUGCCAGCCGUAUUUGACCAAAUAUCAGAGCAGUAAUGAUGGAACCCGUGGUGGCUUUUCUUCUAUUCUUUGUUCUGGCCUGAGGUGUGCUCAGCCCGGAGAUCGGUCGACGACGUGUGACUGCUGCAGUAGAUGACGAUGUAGCGGCGGCGGCGACGGCGCUUCCCGUGUUGUGUGAUCGGUCGGUCCGAGUGCACUGCAGGCGGUGAUCCCCCCGCCUGGUUUGUUGGGAGUGCUGCCGGGGUGCGAUGGUUUGCGAGAGGGGGAGCUGCUUCGGCGAUUGAGAGACUAAUCUUGGUUAACGCUUGGUAAUGCAAGCCUACAUUGUAAUUAACAAAAACGUCAACUCGUACCGUGCCGCCACAGUAUUGGCUCGCACCAGGAGAGAGAGAGAACCACGGACGAGCGGGAAAGGCAGCCAGGCUAGUGAGCCGGUGCCAAAUUACACCCACAAGCCUUGGGCUCCUCUACGAAACGAAUAAUUUAGCGCUUAAUUUGAACACAUUACAGUCCACUUGUGAGAGUUUUCAUUUUAUUGUAUUAUUGCCUCAAGAGUUGGUUACACAAUAAACAUUUACUUGGUUCA